UUAUAUCAGUUUAAACAUUGGCUUAUCGUCGAAUUGGUUUUAUUUAAUUUGUCAAAAACAAAAAUAAAUGAAAUUAAUAUUACAAUAAUUUCUGGGAUUUCGUAAUCAACAAAAUAUUUUACAUAAUUUCGUAUAAUAUUAAUAUGAACAUCACAAUUAUGACUAAGAUUACAUGUCUGUACUUCUAUUGAUGUAUAUAUAUACAUUUGAUAUGUAUAUGUAUGGUUAUGGUUCAUUAGACAUUUUUUGAAUGCACAGGGAGUCUACAAUUUGGGGGGUUUCCGAACCUCACAUGGACCUAGAAUCUUUUCUAGUUGAUACGUAUGUUCAAGAACUACCAUGAAUCAAUAACUAGUGACAUUAAACAAUCGGUGGCCUGCUGGUGGCUUUCCUUUUCCAUGAGUCCAUCAGGAGCACGAACAGUCGCGACCACUGCCAUGACGGUGCACAUAGGUAAACUUCUACCUGUGUAUGUAUCUAACAUAUACAUACUGCUCAUUCUUUUAUUCAGCGCAUUUGCAGCAUUUUUAGUGCAUGUGUUCAAUUAUUAAGCUUACUGUCAACAUGCUUAAGGUGUGCUUUCAGCGCACUAGCAGCACCUCCCGACCAUGCUGAAAAUAGUGCUUACAAGAAGGACGCCUCCGUGGAAAAGUAUCUUUUUCGACUACCAAAUAAAAAUCAAUUUUUUGCUAUUUUAAAUGAGCAGAUUUUUAAUUCCUUUGCUUCAAGUAAGUAUCUUUUUAAUACGUGUAUAAUAGUAAAACGAAAUAUAAAAAUCUAUUAUUAUUAUUAUUUCUGUUUAUGAAGUAAAACCAGUGUUUCUCAACCUCUAAUGAAUCGUCGCCCCCUUCAAUGUAGUAUUGCCCCCUUCACUACAAAAUUUCGAUGCUGAGGGCCAAGACUAACGCCAAAUUCGUACUGCAAUGAAUAGAAUAAUGACUAGUAUAACAUCAUUUAUUUAAUUAUUGUACGAUAUAACGAAUAAAAGAUCUAAUUAUUCUUAAUAUAAUGUUUUACUAUAUCGCCCAGAAAAUUGUUUUUUGCCCCCCAAAAUAUAAAUUGUUUGUUAUCGCCCCCUCAACAUGGAAAAACGCCCACAUGGGGGCGAUAUCGCCCCGUUGAGAAACACUGAGUCAAACCUACGGUCAAAAGUGGGUUUAUGAAAUACAGUUUUUAUUAUUUAUUUACAGAUUCUAGCAGUCUAUUGCAAUAUUUGAAAGACAAAUUUUGCCUUCUGAAGUAAUUUAUUCUCAUUAAAUCAUAUAAUAAUACAUAAAGUGUUAACGGAAAGUAAGGAUACCAUAGAAGUUGAUAAUGGAAUAGAAGUCACAUUUAAUGACAUGCAUCAUGGCACAAAAUAAUGUGAACCAAAAGAAUCUGUGGAGCAAGUGUGGAUAGAAAGUGCAACAAAAUUACUAAUUUCUCAGUGCAUAGAGUUGGAAAAAGAAUUUUGUACGCCUGCAAUAAAAAAGAAAAUAUGGAACAAAAUAUCAGGCAUUAUGUGUGAAAAAGGACAUUCUUUCACUGGUGUAGGAAAAUCAUCUUUAGUAAAUCUCAUUUCACAUCAAGUUCCAAUUAAAACUCCAUAUUGGACAGUUGGAUGUGCAAUUGAAGUAAAACUUCAUGAAUAUAAAGAAGGUACUCCUUCACAGAAAACAUAUUUUCUUGAAUUAUGGGAUAUUGGUGGUUCUAGUUCCCAUGAGAAUAGCAGAGCAGUUUUCUAUAAUGCAUUUCAUGCUCCAGAAAGUUCUUAUAGAGGAAAAGAUAAAAUUAUGGCAUUUUAUUAUUACAAAGAUCUGCAGAAACAGCUGGAAGAGAGAAAAGUUGUUGCAUAUGUAUAUGAAUAUGAUCCAGAACAAUUUGUUGAUAAUCAGAUUCCUAUUCUUGUAAUAGGAACAAAACAGGAUCUUGUUCCACAAGUUCUUACUUCAGAGAGAAUAAGUCGUAUCUCAUCUGUUGCUGAGGAAUGUGGAGCAGAUGAAAUAACAGUGGACAAUCAUCAAGCAAAAUCAUUUGCUCCUGGAUCUAGUAAUGCUGUAAAACUUAGUAGAUUUUUUGAUAAAGUCAUUGAAAGACGAUAUCACAGUCAAAGUGGAGGACAGUUAUCAGCUGCAUUAGACAGAAGAAGAAAUUAUGCUUUUCAGACAAAACUCAUUCAUACUGACUAAUAUAAAUACUAUAUAGGAAAAUUCUAGUAAUCAAAUUUCUAAAGUAAAAAAAAAUUUAAUAAUUAUAUACAAUAAAUUAUAUAUAGCUACAGUUAUUUAUAUAAGGGUUAUAAGUGUCAAUGAUUAUCAUUUAUCUUUAGAACAAACAUUUUAUUUGAUUAAACAGAAUUUAUAUGACAAAGAUAUACUAGAAAAACUGCAUAUUUUCAAACUAUAUAUUUAUUUUAUUAAAAAAUGCAUU